GAUGUGCUUGUGUUCCGCAUUACUGGUUGUUUGUAUUCUGUGACGAUGCUUUUACUAAAAUCCUUCAUGUUGGGAUGGUUUGCAUUCUGCAAUUUGGGAUUUCAAUCAUUAUAUGCUGAGUAUUUUAAUCUAUUUUUGAAACAACUUGGUUUCAAUCCUGGGCAGAUAGGAUUCACGACAUCGCUCGGACUUGUUUAUCUUGUAAUCCCGUUUUAUCUUUACUUCGGCGAGAAAUAUCAAGCAAGAAAGGUAUUGGUUGUAUUUAACAAUUGUAUGAUGUUUGUCGUGUGUCUUUUACCUCUUUUGUCAUUGAUUGUGCCAUCGCUGAAAACAAAAUGUGUGAUAUCGUCAGAUAUAACGAAUAAAUCAAUUCAGAAUUCGUCAGGACGUUCUUCACUUCUAUAUACUGCAGAUUCAUUGUCAAAUCGUGCCUUAAACUUGAGACGUGUUGGUAAUAAUACUCAAUCGCAAACAAUAUCAUCUCAAAACCAAUCUGAAAGGUCAAUAUCUCUGCUGUCCCAUGUAAAUCGUUUGUCAUUAAAGAGACGUCAAAACUUUUCAAAAUUAAGUGAAGCCAAUCAAAUAAAAUACUCCUACCUACGGCGCAGUCAACCAAGUAUCAUAAGCGUUUUAUUUCUUUUGCUAACUGUUUCUAGAACAUUGACUUUACUUUCAUCUGUUGUGAAUGUGAGCUCGUUGAACUCCGCAAUAGCGACUUAUCUUCGUGAAAGUAAAGCAAAGAUCGGUUAUUAUUUGAUGUGGUAUCACGCUGGCGCAGCCUUCUUUAUUGCUAGUACUUCAUUAUUGGCAAAGUUGAUUAAAGUACGAUUUUGCGAUACCAUUGAAAAUGGAUAUUUUGUAUCGUUUAUAGUCAGUGGAAUAUGUCUUUUAUUAUCGAUGUUUUCGCUACCUUGGUUUGAAUAUGAAUACAGUGAUGCGAGAUCGUUCAAAUGGUCAGGAGUUCGAAAUGAUAUUCUCAGCGUACAUUAUGGCUUCAUGUUUGCUUUGUUGCUUUUUCUGGGGAUGUGCACGUCAUUUCAAUUGUUCUGGGAGUUUUGGUACUUGGAUAGACUGUCUGCGACUCCAUUGCUACUGGGAAUGGCGGCUUUAGUUCGAAGGCCUAUUCUUGUUUUAUCAGUAUGUUCUUCAACACAUUUGAUCACAACCAUUGGUGAAUUGAAAACAUUAUGUAUUUCGCUAUUAUUCUAUGCGUGUUCCUAUCUAGCUCUUGCAUUUGCUCGUACAGCAUGGUUGGUUAUAGCUAUCGACACGUUACAAGCGACUGCUUAUGGAUUUUGUCACUCAGCAUUUGUCGUGCAUUUCUCAAAAGCUGCAUCAAAAGAGAACUCCAAUAUGAUUAUAGGUCUACAAGAAACUAUCUUUGCAAUUGGAUAUGACGGUGGAGCUACUUUAAUGGGAAUAUUGUUUCAUCUCUUUGGAACUCAGAUGACAUUUGUGGCAUAUUCCUGUUCAUCUGGCAUUCUGGUUGUUAUUCUACUGUUUUACAUUUUCAAUUUAAAAUCUGAUUAUGAGAAGUUGGACCAAAAUAGCGUCAAUAAAUGAAACAGAAAUCAAUUAUUACGUUCAGGACGGGAUUAAGUGGUGAGAAGGCUUUCUACAACAUAAACUAAGUAGCCUUGCUACCAUGGUGUUACUUAAAGGGACUCCUUACGUUUUUUACGUCCCUAUUCAUCCAUUCUUUCCAUUUUAAGCCGCCUCAAAACAUGUUUUAACUAAUUCUGAGCCGUUCUUUUGCAAUAAAUCUACAGUAAACAAUA